AUGAUGUCUCCGGACGACCGAGUCCUUGAGGACCUGUUGUAUGGCAGCGACCUCGGUGACAAAACGGAGGAGUUGGAGCUGGGCGGUGUCCCUGCAGUGGGGGAGGCCGAGACUUCUGCUGCUGCUGCUGCUGUACCAACGGCUGUGUCCAUUCAGGAGCCAAUGCUUUGUGCUGGAUGUGGCGAGCAGGUGUGCGACCGCUUCUUUCUAUUGGCUGCGGGGAGGGUGUGGCACGGCGCCUGCCUCCGCUGCAGCCAGUGUCAGUGUGAGCUGCAGACUCAGCCUUCCCUCUAUUGGAGAGACGGGAACAUUUACUGCCAGCAGGACUACUGCAGACUUUUUGGAGGAGGUCAGUGUGCUCGCUGCUUCCAGCCAAUCCCACCCACCGAUUUGGUCAUGAGGUCCGGUGAGCUGACCUUCCAUCCUCACUGCUUCUCCUGCCAGGAAUGUGAUGUGAAAUUAAUGCCUGGGAACCUGUACUUCAUGCAGGGCCCAAACCUGUACUGUCAGUCUCAUUAUCAUGGCGAGGGAGGCAACCUGCCGCAGCUAGACCCCUCACAACUAAAUCUAAACGAAGAGACAGGUCAAAACCAGGUGUCAGGUGAGGGGGAGGAGUCUGUCAGCAGUCCAGAACCACGUCUGGACGACAAGGAGGCGAGUGGGCGAACCCGCAGGCGGACCAAACGCAUCAGGACGUGUUUCCGCAGCGAGCAGCUGAGAGCCCUGGAGACUUACUUUGCCCAGAAGCACAACCCUGAUGGCAAAGACUGGACCUGCCUUGCUCAUAAGACCGGCCUGCCCAAGAGAGUUCUGCAGGUGUGGUUUCAGAACGCUCGAGCCAAACUCAGGAGGACCCUUAACUCCGAGGACUCCCAGGUCAGUUCCCCUUCUGACCCCUCGAGAGCCGCUGCCAUGGCAACCACAUCUUCAACCCCCUCCUGCUCUCCAUCGGACCAGUCUUUCCCGACCAGCACCAUCGACCAGCUGCAGCUCUCCCAGAUCACUGCUCCAAUUUGUGAACCACUUGUGAGCCCAGUCCUCAAUCAGCCAGCAUAUCAGCUGCUGCAAAGCCCCACCUUCUUCCUGAACUACGAUUCCCAGAGUGCAACGGGGUGUAUCGCUUCUCUUGACCCCAUUGGGGACUUUGUGGAGGCAGCAGGCGGAGUAGAGAGGAGUAGUGAUAUUUUUGAAGCACAUUACAGCUAA